AUGAGCCAGGAAAAGUCCGCGUCAUCUCCGCAAAGCCCUCUACCAAUACAUCGACUGCACCAGUCAUUAAUAAACCGCAUAGCCGCAGGAGAGAUCAUUCACCGACCUGCGUCUGCAUUGAAAGAACUGCUAGAGAACUGCCUGGACGCACGAGCAACGUCAAUAAAAAUCACUGUCAAGGAUGGUGGCAUGAAACUCCUUCAAAUCCAAGAUAAUGGCUGCGGUAUACGUAGAUCCGAUCUACCGAUCCUUGCCGAGCGGUUCACGACGUCCAAGAUAUCGUCGUUCUCUGAUCUAUCUCGAAUUACGACCUACGGCUUUCGUGGCGAAGCCCUGGCCUCUAUAUCUCACGUCGCACGUCUCUCUGUGGUAACCAAGACGAGGUCCGAAGCUCAUGCAUGGAAAGCGUGUUAUUUGGACGGUGUACUUGUUCCUUCAAAACCAGGUCAGACACCGGAUCCCAAGCCUUGUGCGGGAGUUGAUGGGACAAUAAUCACCAUCGAAGAUAUGUUUUAUAAUACCCCAAUUCGAUUGUCUGCUCUUCGAAGUCCUUCGGAAGAAUAUGCAAGGGUUCUGGAUGUCGUGACGAAAUACGCGGUGCAUAACCCAGCCAUUUCUUUCCUCUGCAAGAAGGCCGGAUCUCCAAGCCCGGAAAUAUCGACUUCCCCAGCCUCGGACAUCCUUCAAGCAAUCCGAUCGCUGUAUGGUCAUGCAAUCGCGAAGGAGUUGCUACGCGUUGAUGUUACUUCCGAGCAGUCCAAAGAUGGUAUUGAUGACCCUGAAAGAUGGUCCGCUGAAGCCUACUGCACAAAUGCAAAUUUCCAAGCUAAGAAGAUGGUGUUUCUCCUUUUCAUCAACCGUGCGUUCACCGUCCUGGUGGAAUCAUCUCCUCUCAGAAGGGCAAUAGAGAGUGUGUACAGCGGAUUUUUGCCCAAGGGCACGUUCCCUUUUGUCAUUGAAAUGGAUCCCCGUUCUGUCGACGUUAAUGUACACCCAACCAAACGGGAAGUCUUGUUUUUAAAUGAGGAGGCUAUUGUAGAGCGGAUAUCGGACGCCAUACAGCAGAAUGUGGUGGGCCAGAGUCAAUCAAGGGUACCCUCCUCCCCGGCAGUAUCAACAAAUUCGGCAUCGUUGAAAGGCAAGAAGAAAGCGAGGGAAGAUGGAAAUGAAAGUGAAAGUGAAGACAGCAACGAAAACGAUGAUGGACCUACAAAAAGCGCACCCCUUGUGCAAAAGACUCUUUCUCAGCACAAAGUGCGGACGUCACUCCAAGAUCGUACCCUGGAGUCCAUGCUUCCUGUGAACGAUCCGUCGCGUUCGGACGACUCGUCCGGGAGAGCAGUACGACUAAGGGACAUUAAGGAGUCCCAAUGUAGCCUGACCUCAAUAGCGGAACUCAGGCAAUCCGUUGUCAAGAAUGUCCACCAUGAUCUCACUGAGAUUAUCAGGAAUCAUGUAUUCGUCGGGAUUGUCGACAAUAUUCGUUGUCUAUCACUUAUUCAACAUUCGACGAAACUGUACCUUAUCAAUCAUGCUACCGUGGCAGAAGAAAUGUUUUACCAACUAGCACUAAUGCAGUUUGGUAACUAUAGGCGGUUACGCCUUGACCCACACCCGCCUUUGCGCACACUCGUCGAGCUUGCCGUCAAUAUCGAAAGUGGCACAGAACGGAGUGGCUUACAGAAGUCUGAGAUAGUGGACCGUAUUGCGCGAACCCUGGUCGACCGGCGUGAGAUGCUCAGUGAAUAUUUCGCACUGGACAUCUCUGAGUCGGGAGAUGUCCUGACUCUGCCGCAUUUGCUUAAGGAGUACACUCCAGACCUUAACAAGUUACCAACUUUUCUCAUGCGACUAGGUCCACAGGUUGAUUGGAAGUCGGAACGAGAAUGUUUUGAGUCUUUCAUGCGCGAACUAGCCUAUUUCUACUCGCCCGCAUCUGGCGUUUGGUCUGGUGAUGGUGCUGGACAAGAGAAAUCCGCUGCAUGGCAAACGGAACAUAUAUUGUUCCAUGCACUACGGAGGUUCUUCAUCGCACCCAGGUCUUUACUGGACAACGAUGUUGUUCAAGUGGCCAAUCUGCCUGACUUGUACCGAGUAUUCGAGAGGUGUUGA